AUGAAAAAUGAAUAGUUUAGCAGUCCUGCCACCCUCAUCAAAGCAAACAUCAUCAACAAUAGAACCAUGAUUUUUACUAAUUACUUAUAACUUGAUUAUGCGAUGAUCUUUGAAGAACAGCUAAAAAUCAUUAAUAAUCAUUAAGAUUAUAUCAAAAAACUCUGUUCUCUUAGAUUGGAGAUACCCAACAUACAAGUAAUACUAACUACUCUAAAAUAAUUGAAAUAAGAUGUCUUAUCAUCAUAACAUACACAGGAUAAAUAAAUAUAUGAAACAAUUAUAAAGCCCAAGACUUAAUAAAUGAUCUAUCACUCCAUAUCACUUCAAAAGAAUUUAGAGGGUUUACUAAAUUUGUAGGAAUAACCCAAGAAUCCUUGUUUUAAGAAGUAGAACAAUAUAGAUUAAGCAAUAAAAAUUAGAUUUGAAGAUUAAAUUGUCCUAUUACAACAGGAGCUAUCCUAAUAUGAGGAGUUAGCAGCCAACAUGUUGACAUCUAUCAAACAUUAUUAGGCUCAAUUCGAUUUUUUAAAAGAUGAAAAAGUAAUAAAACAAUAAUAAGAAUUAUGGGAUAAGGAGAAGGAUACUAUCUUAGAAUAUUUAACUAAUAAAUUAUCACAAUCCAUUCUAAAUUUAAUUCAAACUCAUCAAUAGGAAAUGUUUAAAAUAACUUAGGAUGAAGUCAACCCUAUUGUUCACUCAAAAGGAGGAGUAGUUUACUUUUACGAAACCCUUUCUAUUAUAGAUGGCUAAAUUUAUUCAAUCGAAUAAAUUAAAGUCUAAAUUCUAAACUAUGAAUAGUAAAUUGUGUAACUAAAGGUGAAUUAUCAUGAGUUUGAGGAGUUUUAUAACAAAAUAAAAACUAUUCAUGCUGAGAUUGUUGCCUUGUCUAAAAAGGUUAAGUAAAUCAAUUGCACUUAAGUGUAACCAUUGCUGCAAUAGUAUUAAUUGAGUUAAAGAAAAAAGUGCUCAUAAAGAAUGGAAAAAUUGUAAGAAGAGAUUAAACAAUUAUUCUUUUAAGGUUAGCUUAUUGAAAAAAUUAAUGUAAAAGCGAUUAUGAAAAAUUUUGAGUCUUUUCAUUUUGAUGAACAAAUUUAAACUAUAGAACAUCAAAUCCAAGAAUUCGAGGACACUUAUACAAGAUAAUAAUUUCAGGUCCCAUUUAGUAAAAUUAAAUAAUUGUCACAAUUGAUUAUUAAAUUUGAAGAGGAUUAUUAUAAUGCUAAUAAGAUGUGUUUGGAAAUUACAAGAUUAAUAAAGUCAAUAACAUUUGUAGGAUAUAUAUCAUAUCUAAAUGAAGCAAUCAAUAAUAAGUACAUAUAAGCAUUGCAACGGAUAUCUUUAAAGAAAGGGCAUUUGCUGAGUUUCAAAUUUUGUAAUUAAGAGAUUCUAACUAAAAUUAAUAAUUUAUUAGUUUUUUAAUUUCCUUAUUUUGAUUGGAGCGAGCAAUUAGAUCUAGAAAAAGAUCGGAUAUAUCUCAUCUAAGAAUAGUAUAUAUGGGCUAGGGAAACAGUGAUUGAAUUAAGUUAAAUAAAAGAAUUAUCGAGUGAGAUAAAAAUAAUGAAAUAAUUGCUUACUUUAGACAAUGAAUUGGAAAAAAGUUUAACUGUAAUUGAAAAGUAUCUAGAGUUGAAGGAUAAAUUAGGAACUGAAAGGAUUGAUAUAAUUAGUUGGCCAAAGUUAGAAUUAGAAUUAGUCAAUGAGUCUAGCCAGUUUUGCAACCAUAUAAUAUAAUAAAUAAAUGAUAGAGUUAAAGCCAUUUAAUAACUAAAUGAAAUCUAAUUGCUUUCGAAAUUGGAUUAGAUAUUUUCUGAUUUUAAUUAGCAAAACUAGCAAUAACUAAUAUAAUUAUCAAAAGAACUUUAAAGCAAAGAAUUUUCAUAAAUAAUCAAGCCUUAAAUUUAAAUAGCUCAACAAUUUAUCACUGUUUGUAUACAACAUUUUGAUGAUGAGAUAGACAAAAAGUUUUGUUAGACCAUAACAUAUUAAGAAUUAGAAGAUGAGUUGGGAGGAAUUACGAAGUUAAAUUAAUUAAGACACAUCAAUGAACAAAAUCAAAACAAUUAGGAAUUACGAAAUUUACUUUAUGAUCAAGUGAUGCCAUUUAUGAGAUAAAAGCUGAAAAGUGACUUUUCAAAUUUAUUCUAAUUGAAGGUAAUAUAGAGUUAAGGUGGAACCAACAAUUAUGACCCAUACAAAUUGCAAUUGAGAACUGAUUUGCUGUAUCCCAUAUACAGAGUAGACAUCAAUUCAAAUUAAUAUUGUAUUUAGGAGAAAGUGAAGAUUGAAAGCAUUAUAGAUUAGCCAGACUUGAGACAAUUAUUCUAGGAGUUUCGCUCAUUCUUAAAUCAAUGUACAAUUAUUAUGAGAAAUAAUAAUAAUGACAUUUACAAUGAUUAAGAGUUUAUCCUAUAACUAAUAGAUGCUUUUGAGAAGUCAUGGGUUCUUAAUAUCCACCUAACAGAUCUUCAGUCUAUCAAAUCGUUUCACUAAAAUCUAAAAUAGUGGCCAGAAGCCAAAUAAUUUGAAUAGUAGCUAUUACCAUUGGGUAUAGUGUUGAAGGAGGAAUACUCUAAAUAUUUAGAGGCAUGUCGAUAAAAAGUGUUGUCAUUGACAUCUGGAAUAAGUAUCACAGUAGACCCAAAUUAGGAGAACUUAAUUUAAGAUAUGAUAAAAUUCAAUUUUAAUGGCAAGGUGUGUUGCCUUCACGAAUUAUGCCAAAAUUAUUUUUAUAGAGAUUCUUUGUCAUUGAUAGUUGAAUCAUUGGAAGGUAAUUUGAGAUUGUUAAGCAAUCAUAUUGUAUUAAUUAAUGGAAAAUAAUUGUAGUAUAAUGAUCAAAUUGUCUUGUGA